AUGAGGGAAUCAGAGGCUAUGCUAUCAACGUAUGACGACGAGUCGAGCUUGCGAGUGGUACAAUUGAGCCAGCACAAUAAUAUGCCGCAGCCAACCUUUAAAAUUAUGACAUUUAAUUUGAGAAACUCCCGCGAAGACGACGGCCUGAAUGGCUGGGAUUACCGAAAGCAUCACGUGGCGGACAUUAUUGCUCGCUACCAACCGUAUAUCAUGGGUACGCAAGAAGGUUAUAAAGAACAACUAGAAGAACUAAAGAGUUUGUUAAAACACCCGUAUGAACGUUUUGGCCUUGAACGCGAGAACGAUGGUGAGCACGAACAAAUUUUUUACGAUCCAACUGUAGUGGAACGACUUGAAGACGGGAAUUUUUGGCUUUCGGAGGAACCAGAUACGCCUUGGAAAAAGGGGUGGGAUGCUGCCUGUGUGCGUAUGGCAACCUGGGGAAAAUUCCGUUUGCUUGCUACUCAACAGGUGCUUUAUGUUUUUAACACUCAAUUGGAUCACAUGGGCAUACAGUCACGCCGUGAAAGUUCCAAGUUGCUUUGGGACCGGAUCCAGAAAAUUGCGGGCGAUGCUCCAGUAUUUCUGAUUGGAGACUUCAACACGUACCGCUAUACUCAUACAUAUAGCUACUUUACAUUGGAAAAGGUCGGACCACACUUUCAUGAAGCUUGGCCUGAAGCAGCAAUACAAAUUGGCGACGUAUCGGAUUCAUAUCAUGGUUGGGCUGGUAUCAAGAAUGAUGACGAGAAAGAUGCUGUCCGUGCUUCACAUCAUAUUGACUGGAUUUUCUUUCGUCCUCAGAUGACGGUUCUGACAGUGCAAGUUAUUAUUGAAGACCAAAAUGGCCAUUAUCCAUCAGACCAUUACCCAAUUCAAGCUGAAUUUCUUUUUCCUGAUCGUAUUUGA